AUGGCUGGAACCACACCCCCCACAACACGCACUCCGGCACACGCGCAGUCCUCACUGCCGUCCCUGCCAUCGCAUCUACAAUCAGACACCCAUUUGACCGCUCAUCUCGCGAGUCGGUUCCAUGUGGGCUUACCAACCGCCCGUCUAUCCUCCCAGGCGUUGAUAAGUCUGAACACGUUCACAUCCUCGGCCAAAGGCCCCGAUGGCGACAAGGAGGGUAGUGCCAUGGGCGAGGCGGAGGACCUCGCUCGGCGUGCCUUCACCCGCCUCGGUGCCCGCGGGGAGAACCAGGCCGUUGUUUUCCUUGGAGAGAAUGGUUCUGGAAAGACUACUAUUCGGUCACACAUGUUGUCGUCCUUUCUCUCGUUCUCGUCUACCCCGCUGUCUUCGAAGCUAUCGUACGCCGCCUUCGUGUUUGACACCUUGACCACGACCAAGUCAUUGACGACCCCCACUGCAUCCAAAGCUGGACUUUUCCUGGAGCUGCAAUACGACGGAUCUUCCUCCGUUAACCCCACCCUGAUCGGUGGUAAGAUCAUUGACCACAGACUCGAGCGCAGCCGCAUUGCUUCCGUUCCUACGGGCGAACGGAGCUUCCAUGUGCUGUACUAUCUUUUGGCCGGCACGAGCGCUGCGGAAAAGCAACACCUGGGCUUCGAUAACUCCAUCCAUGUGUCUACUGCCGCCGGUAAGCUUUCGUCGGCCUCAAUAGGCCACAAGCGGUGGAGGUACCUGGGUCAUCCGACUCAGCUGAAGGUUGGCAUCAACGACGCCGAUGGCUUCCAGCAUUUUAAGACUGCGCUCAGGAAGCUUGAAUUCCCGCGGGGCGAGAUCGCCGAGCUUUGUCAGAUCCUCGCUACGAUUCUUCACCUCGGUCAACUGGAGUUCACUAGCGGACAAUCCACUACCACCUCGGCGGAGGAAUCCGGCGGUUAUUCCCACGAAGGUGGCGAAACCGUCACCAUUGUGAAAAACAAGGAUGUAUUGGGCAUUGUCGCUGCGUUCCUGGGCCUAGGCGUUCAGGAGCUCGAGACCAGCUUCGGGUACCGGACAAAGACCAUCCAUCGCGAGCGCGUCACCGUUAUGCUGGAUCCCAAGGGCGCCCGGCAGAAUGCCGACGAAUUGGCACGGACCCUGUAUUCCCUCCUGGUAGCCUACGUGAUUGAGACAAUCAACCAGAGGAUAUGUGCGGCCGAUGACAGUGUAGCGAACACCAUCUCCAUCGUCGACUUCCCCGGAUUUUCCCAGACGAGUUCGACCGGCUCGACUCUGGAUCAGCUGCUAAGCAAUGCCGCCACUGAAUCCCUGUACAACUUCUGCUUGCAGUCAUUUUUUGACCGCAAGGCGGAUAUGCUGGAGCGGGAAGAGGUUUCUGUCCCUGCAACGAGCUAUUUUGACAACAGCGAUGCCGUUAAGGGCCUAUUGAAAUCCGGCAAUGGGUUGCUUAGCAUCCUCGAUGAUCAGACCAAACGUGGCCGGACUGACUCUCAGUUCCUCGAGUCGGUAAGAAAGCGAUUCGAUAAGAAGAACCCCGCUAUCACCGUUGGUAGCGCGCCAGGAACUGCGGCUGUCUCCCAAGCGGCUCGGACCUCCUUUACUGUGAGGCAUUUCGCUGGAGAGGUCGAGUAUCCAGUAACUGGUCUUCUGGAGGAGAACAAUGACGUUAUUUCAGGGGAUCUGAUGAACCUCAUCAAAUCCACCAGGAGUGACUUUGUCAGAGACCUCUUUGGACAGGAGGCGUUGCAGACAGUGACCCACCCUCAGGAAAAGACCGCCAUCAUGCAGGCACAGGUAAGCUCCAAGCCCUUGCGUAUGCCCAGCAUGGCGAGACGCAAGACCGGACUAUCUCCCCGUCUGGCGUUCGAUGCCCCCGUGGCGGAGGAGCAGGAGGAGUAUGAGAGCCAAGCUGGAAGCACAUCAAAAAGCUCCGGGAGGCGGAAGACAAUGCUAGCGAGCGGUAUCCAAGGUGCUGCUGGUCAGUUCCUCUCAUCACUAGAUAUUGUUACCAAAUGCUUAGGGUCGCCUAAUCUGAACCCUUACUUCGUGUUUUGCCUGAAACCCAACGACCGACGCAUCGCCAACCAGUUCGACAGCAAAUGCGUGCGUGCGCAAAUGCAAACCUUCGGUAUCGCUGAAAUCAGUCAACGCCUCAGAAACGCGGACUUCAGCAUCUUUCUCCCCUUCGCUGAGUUCCUCGGCCUGGCGGAAAUUGGCAACGUUGUGGUGGGGAGCGACAGGGAGAAGUCCGAGGUUGUUUUGGAUGAGAAGCGAUGGCCAGGCAAUGAAGCCAGGGCUGGCAGUACAGGAGUCUUUCUUAGCGAGCGCUGUUGGGCAGACAUCGCAAAGCUGGGGGAGCGCGUUGUCCCUACAUAUGCUCCGGACGGCUCUGACGAAGGUGGCGAUCCCCACUCGCGGGCUGCCGGCUAUACAGAUUCCAAGGUCCGACUCCUUGCCCCGGGUGACCAAUCCCCUGGUGGGUUCAUCUAUGCCGAGGAUGGGAAGCAAGGAUAUUCCAGCAGCCGUGAAUUCGAUGGACGAUCGGAGGCAGGAGCAUCCGCCUUCAAUUCGGGAGACAUGUUCCGCAAUCUGGACACCAGAGAGCAGAUGCUCGAGAAGGGCAACGAGAGAAAUAUGGAAGAGGUGGAGGAAGCGCCUGUCACCAGUAGCCGCAAACGCUGGAUGGCGAUCGUCUAUCUUCUGACUUGGUUUAUCCCAGACUUUGCAAUCAAGUCGAUCGGACGCAUGAAGCGGAAAGAUGUGCGGAUUGCUUGGCGUGAAAAGCUUGCCAUUAACUUCAUCAUUUGGUUCAGCUGUGCCUUGGCCAUGUUCAUCAUUAUCGGGUUUCCGACCUUGAUUUGUCCGACGCAGCAUGUCUAUUCAUCGGCCGAGUUGUCGGAACAUAACGGCAAAAAAGGUCACAGUUCCUAUGUUGCGAUUCGCGGUAUAGUCUUCAACCUGGGCAACUUCAUGCCCUCUCAUUAUCCUGAUGUCGUACCCGAGACGGCUCUCAAAAAGUAUGCUGGCACCGACGCCACUGGCCUGUUCCCAGUUCAGGUGUCCGCCUUGUGCCCGGGCAAAGACGGCUCGGUUGAUCCCACUGUGCUCUUGGAUUAUGAGCCCACCAAUGUCACAGGAUCGGCAACCACCGUCAGCACCACCGACACCAACUACCAGUAUCACGACUUCCGCUACUUCACCAAUGACUCUCGCCCUGACUGGUUCGAGGAGCAAAUGAUCAUGCUCAAGGCAAGCUACUUCAGGGGUUGGGUCGGUUACACACCCAAGUACCUGAGAACCCUGGGCAACAAGGAACAGUACAUCGGAAGUAUCAACGGAAAAGUCUAUGACAUGACAACAUACAUCGCUGGAGGCCGACGAGUGCAAGCCCCUGUUGGAAAAACGGUUCCUGCCAAUGUCGAUCGAAAUUUCAUGGAUGACCUGGUUGUAGAACUCUUCCAAUCGCUUCCGGGUAAGGACAUGACAAAAUACUGGGAUAAUCUGGCAAUCAGUGACACGAUGCGCGAACGGAUGCAACUAUGUCUAGACAACCUUUUCUUCGUCGGCCAUGUUGACACGCGUGACUCGCCCAAAUGCCAAUUUGCUCGUUACUUCAUUCUCGCGAUCACGUGUUUCGUUUGUCUGAUUGUCGUCUUCAAGUUCCUGGCAGCCUUGCAGUUCCAGAAGAAGAAUCUUCCCGAGAACCUUGACAAGUUCAUCAUUUGCCAGGUCCCGGCCUACACCGAAGACGAGGACUCCCUUCGCCGUGCUAUUGACUCCAUGGCUCGUAUGCGCUAUGAUGACAAGCGCAAACUCCUCUUCAUCAUCUGCGACGGUAUGAUUAUUGGACAAGGCAAUGAUCGCCCAACCCCUCGAAUUGUUCUGGAUAUUCUCGGUGUUCCGGAAUCUGUUGAUCCUGAGCCACUGAGCUUCGAGAGUCUCGGCGAGGGUAUGAAGCAACAUAAUAUGGGCAAAGUCUAUUCGGGCCUCUACGAGGUUCAGGGCCAUAUUGUGCCUUUCAUGGUCGUUGUCAAGGUGGGCAAACCGUCCGAGGUCGCCCGACCUGGCAACAGAGGAAAGCGUGACUCUCAGAUGGUUCUCAUGCGGUUCCUGAACCGGGUCCACUACAACUAUCCCAUGAGCCCCAUGGAACUCGAGAUGUAUCAUCAAAUCCGCAACAUUAUUGGUGUCAAUCCCAGUUUCUAUGAGUUUAUUUUGCAGGUCGAUGCCGACACGGUUGUUGCUCAAGAUUCAGCGACCCGGAUGGUGGCGACAAUGAUGGCUGAUACUCGCAUCUUGGGUCUUUGUGGAGAGACUGCGCUGUCCAAUGCCAAAUCUUCGAUGACGACAAUGAUGCAGGUCUACGAAUACUACAUUUCUCAUAACCUCAUCAAGGCUUUCGAGACACUGUUUGGCUCCAUCACUUGCCUGCCCGGAUGUUUCACGAUGUAUCGUAUCCGCUCUGUUGAGAGUGGAAAGCCGUUAUUCGUCAGCAAAGAGAUCGUGGAAUCUUACUCGGAAAUUCGCGUGGACACCCUCCACAUGAAGAACUUGCUGCAUCUGGGCGAGGAUCGUUACCUAACUACGCUGCUUUUGAGACAUCACCCCAAGUACAAGACCAAGUACAUCAUGGCUGCUAAGGCUUGGACUAUUGCGCCUGACAACUUCGCUGUCUUCCUGUCUCAACGUCGUCGUUGGAUCAACUCCACAGUUCACAAUCUAAUUGAGCUUAUCCCCAUUCAGCAGCUUUGCGGUUUCUGUUGCUUCAGUAUGAGAUUCAUUGUCUUUAUGGAUCUUGUCAGUACAGUCGUUCAGCCCGUCACUGUUGGUUACAUCGCUUACCUGAUUUACUGGCUCAUUCACGAGGAUUCAACGUCAUGGACGGCAUUCAUCCUGCUCGCAGUUAUCUACGGUCUGCAGGCAUUGAUUUUCCUCUUCCGGCGCAAGUGGGACAUGAUCGGAUGGAUGAUUCUUUAUAUCCUCGGUAUUCCCAUCUCCUCCCUGGCACUCCCAUUGUACUCCUUCUGGCACAUGGACGACUUCUCGUGGGGUAACACUCGUGUCAUCACUGGAGAAAGCGGUCGCAGAGUCAUCGUUUCGGACGAAGGCAAGUUCGACCCGGCGUCUAUUCCCAAGAAGACGUGGGAAGAAUACCAGGCGGAGCUCUGGGAAGCACAGACGUCGCGGGACGAUCGGUCAGAGGUCUCCGGCAUCUCUUACGGCACCAAGUCCUACCACCCAAUGCAGUCCGAGUACGGCUUCCCGUCCUCGAGACCCGUGUCCCAGUUCAACCUCCCUCGCUACUCAUCCCGCAUGUCUCUGGCGGCCUCUGAGAUGAUGAGCGGCCACAGCGAGAUGGAGAUGGAGGACCUGUCUCAUCUCCCCGCCGACGAUGCUCUGCUGUCCGAGAUCCGGGAAAUUCUUCGGACGGCCGAUCUGAUGACGGUGACGAAGAAGAGCAUCAAGCAGGAACUCGAGAGGCGAUUCGGUGUCAACCUGGACGCCAAGCGUCCUUACAUCAACUCCGCCACUGAAGCCAUUCUUGCCGGUCAACUUUGA